AUGAAGACAUCACAGCAACAGGACCCUGAAAGCCCGUCGAUGCCCAAGUACGAGCCUCUCGUCGAGAGGAGAAGCAUUGAAGAUGGCGACUCCUACCAUGAUCGCGGGACCGACGAUGGAGUCACAAUCACACACGGCAGCAAGAGAUACCGAACGAAGGAUAUCUUUAUCCUCCUCCUGGCUUCCUUCGGUCUCAUUGAUCUAGGGCUCCGUGCAUACGCCCUUGUCCAAUCCCGCCGAUCUACAUCCUGUAACUGCGGCGACACCAUCGAGGAGGCUCGAAGCAACAACUGCAAAUACGACUCCUUCGCAGCAGCAUGGCUUCCUCCGGCAUGCCGAAACGACGAGCUCCUCGAGCAGUUUGAGCGAGCCGGCCCCAAUCCCGAUGGAAGCUGGCCAUACUACGCAGAUAAGAACGGCACGAAAGCCCUCUCCCUCGAACAAGUCUCCAUGCUUCCCGAAACGGGGGGCCAUUUCUUUGCAACGCAUCAUUGGCAUCUGGUCCAUUGUGCGUACUACUGGAAGAAGAUGUUUCUGGCUGUGGAGACUGGCACCGUCAUUGAGCAAAGGUACAAUAAUCUGGCGCAUAUCAAUCAUUGUGAGAUGAUGUUUUUGAAGAGGGAUCCCUUGGAUAUGAUUGUAACGGAGGCUGGAGUAUCCCUUCAUUCGGAUAGGAUUGUUAUCGCGAAAAGUCAUGCGCAUGGGAGUGACCAUGAAGGAAAUCACUGA